AUGGAACGCAAAGAAGGCCUAAAGCGUCAACGCCGAGGGUUGCGCAGCGCUCUUUCUCGGGCUAUCAACGAGGCUACGGAAAAGCUAGAAGAAGUUGAUCUGCAUGAGGAAGACAUAGGAGUAGUGUCUGCUCGAGUGAAGAAGCAUAUGGAGAACUUAGAGAGAGUGGACGCCGAAUUGGAGCUUCUGUGGUCCGCGGAAGAAGUCGAAGAGGAACAACAGGCGAGCUUUGAAUAUAUUGAUCGAGCCACGGAGAUGUUGGCAAGAUUGCAAUUCAGACUAGGAAGGAUAAAUUCUUCGGGAACUGGCACAGAUGGACUUCAUUCAGAAGCGAGACCCAUGGAAGGCACAAGGAGACCAAGCGUUGAGGUUAAACUGCCAAAAUUGGACCUCAUCAAGUUUAAUGGGCAAAGAAAGAACUGGAUGGCGUUCUGGGAGCAAUUCCGACAGGUUGUACACGAGAACGCGAAAUUGUCUGCGUGCGACAAGUUCAAUUAUUUAAGAACAGCGCUCACUGGCGAAGCAGCGUCGGCCAUUUCCGGAUUGCCUCCAACGGAAAGAUGCUACGGAGACGCCCUUGAAAUUCUCAAAGGUCGGUUUGGAAAUGAGUCUCUGCAAAUAGAGGACCACAUGACCAGACUGAUGGACUUGCAGCCUGUGAGAUCACAGCAGGAUACCAGAGGCCUCAGGAAACUUCACGACGAGCUGGCAGCGCAUGUCAGAGCGUUGACUGCACUCGGGGUACCUGAGGAGUCUUUUUCAUCAAUGCUGUACUCCCUCAUGCUGCGACUCAUGCCUCAGGCGCUAGUUAUCGAUUUCAACAGAAAGGAGCUCGAAGCGGAGGAUGAAGCUGCAAUAAGGGACAGAAAUGACCGAGGAGACGGCAGAAUAGAUUCAGGGCCUUCGGGAACGCAACACGUAACAAAGGUGAAGAACUUUAUGAAGUUUCUGAGAGUAGAAGCUGAGUGCCGUGAAAGGUUGCUCGUUGCCCAUGGUACAGUUGCAGUAACGCCACAGCCAUCUCAGAAGAACGAGGACAAAAGAAAGUAUACACGGAAACCAAAAAGACCGUCCUCAGCGUCUGCGUUGCUUCACACGACGGUACAGUCAUCGGAAUGUUUUUUCUGCAAGGCACGGGAACAUUUGACUAAAGACUGCACUGCAGACAUUCCGAUGGACGAAAAAUUACGGAAACUGCAAGAAAGUGGUAGAUGCUUCAGGUGUACCGGAGCAAACCAUAUCUCGAAGAGAUGUUGGCGGAAACUACAGUGCACGAAGUGCCAAGAGAGGCACGCUUCGUCGGUAUGCAACCCGAAAGCUGACAAGUUGUCUACUGAGGACAAAAACUCAGACGGUUCUAUGCAAAUGAGCCUAGGGUUAGUAGAAGAGACAUCGGAUUCCGUGACGGUGCUGCAGACAUCCGUUGCUUGGUGCAAAGGAGAAUUAGGCAAGGCUAAGUGCAAGGUUAUGUUCGACACAGGGAGUCAACGAUCCUUUGUGACCGAAGAAGUCGCAGAGAGACUGAGAUGCAGAACUGUGGGCAAAGAGAAAUUGAGGAUCGGUGUGUUCGGAGGACAAGGAGCGGAAAGGACUUUUCGACGUGUUUCUCUGAAGCUACAGAGUAUGAGCUCUGACAAAGAGUACAAGAUAGAGGUACUCGUGACAGACGUGAUCAGUACACAAAGGACACCCACGCCAGGACCAGCAAUCAUAGACAGCAUGAGAGAGAAGAACCUUGCCGUUGAACAUCUACUCUGCAGAGAGAGUAGACAGCAAGUACAAAUUCUCGUAGGGGCAGAUCACUACUGGGAUCUGGUCACAGGGAAAGUCGUGAGGCUGAGAAGUAGUUUACGAGCAGUAGAAACCCGUCUUGGAUGGACGGUGUACGGAACCACAGCUGAAAGUGGUAUCAGCGAACAUUAUAACCAGGCGUUGGUAUUCAGACUGUCAGUCGACGAGUUGGAAAGAAGUUCAUCGCUCGGUCAGUUCUGGGAACUCGAAGCCAUUGGAAUAGCCGCUGAAAAGGACAGUGGUGUGGAGGACUCUGUUCUACAACGUUUUAGGGAGACGGUAGAACAGAAAGAUGGACGAUAUGAAGUGUCACUUCCAUAUAAGACGACGAGUAAUCUGGGAAACAACCAGGAAGUUGCUUUGAAGAGGCUUGGUCAAUUGACAAGGAGGCUUAUCAGAAACGAAGAGAUGAUGGAGAGAUACGAUCAAGCAAUAAGAAUGUACAGUGAGAGCGGCAUGGCUGAAAGGGUGUCGUUGACGGAGGGACAAAAGGUUUACUACAUGCCACAUCAAGCCGUCUUCAGGGAGUCCAGCAGUACAACCAAACUGAGAGUGGUGUUCGAUUGCUCAUCAAGCUAUGGCAAUGCGAAGUCACUGAAUGACUGUCUAGAGUCUGGACCAAAUUUGAACCCUGACGUAGUCGAGUUGCUGCUGAAUUUCAGACUCAAUAAGAUUGCAUUGGUAGCGGACGUAGAAAAGGCCUUCUUACAAAUACAGGUGAAGGAAGAUGACAGGGAUGCCCUCCGUUAUCUCUGGUAUGCAACAAAGCCGAAAAGUGGAACCCCGUUACCUCAGAUGCAAUGUUGGCGCAUGACGAGGGUGCCCUUCGGCACGACGGCGAGUCCGUUUUUACUAGCGGCAACAUUACGCUACCAUUUUGAGAAGAUGAAGGAUGAAUAUCCAGACACAGCGCAGCGCCUUGGCAAGCACAUGUAUGUCGACGAUCUGGUGAUUGGAGCCGGGGACGUAGAUGAAGCAAAGAAGAUCGCAAAAGAAGCGACGGAGAUUCUAAGCCGGGCGCACAUGAAACUGCACAAGUGGGCAUCGAACGACAUUGAUGUACGAAAGUUCUUGCAAGCUGACUUGGAAGAAAGAAAUUUAGGAGAUGCGAAAGAGACGCAGAAAGUCCUAGGACUGACAUGGGCACCAGAAGAGGACAUCUUAACGUUUUCUAAGAACGAUCUGUGGAGUCUACGGCAAGCCCGGAGUGACACAAAGCGAUCAGUGCUACAAAUGACAGCACGUGUCUACGAUCCGCUAGGGAUGCUGACCCCGUUUACCGUUCAAGGAAGAGCUAUCUUCCAACAACUAUGGAAGAUGAACGUUGGAUGGGACACUCCGCUGCCCUCUAAUACACAACGGAGGUGGGACCAGUGGUGUUACGAGCUACAGUAUCUGGAAGAUAUAAAGAUACCAAGAUACUAUGGAGUAAACCAAGAGACAAGCGUCGUGCAUAGUGAAAUGCACAUAUUUUGCGACGCUAGUCCCACGGCGUAUGGAGCAGUUGCGUAUACCGUCAUGGAAAACUCGUUACGUGAGAAAAGUGCAACAUUCUUGAUGGCCAAAGCCAGGCUUGCGCCUUUGAAAGAACUAUCGAUUCCUCGUCUGGAAUUGAUGGCAUGCUUAGUAGGGGCAAGACUUGCGUCUUACUUGACGAAGAAACUUGAAGUCAGUCCAUGUCGACUUCACUUUUGGACAGACUCAAAGAUUGCUCUUUGCUGGAUACGCGGAGACGCUCAGCGUUGGAAACAGUUUGUUCAUAACAGUGUGCUUGAGAUUCAGACAUUAACAGCGGAAGGUGACUGGAGGCACUGCCGCACUAAGGAAAAUCCUGCCGAUAUGUUAAUAAGAGGCAUCCCGACGAGGAAGCUUAUUAACGCUGAUCUAUGGUGGAGAGGACCACGUUGGAUUCUAAGCAGCGAACACAGAUGGACUGUAUGGACUACAGAGGUCGAAGACUUUGAGAAAGAAGAGUUGGAGGAAAAGGCAUUAGUAGUCACGCUACAAGUACAGGCAGCAACAGUUUGUGAUGUGGUGGAAAUGGAAAAAUACAGUUCAGCAAAGAAGCUACAUCAUGUGGUAGCCUGGAUCCGGCGCUUCGCGGAUAAACUCCAGAAAGCAACCCAGGAACGUGGAUCUCUCACAGCAAAAGAGCUCCAACGAGCAGAAGACUAUUGUACAAAGGUUGUACAAAGAAGGGCCUUUGCAGAAGAAAUUUCUGCGAUUCAAAGCGGGAAGCCGCUACCUGCGAAGUCCACGCUUCAAGGAAACAGGCUCUUUAUCGAUGGCUCAGGACUACUUAGGUUAAAAGGCCGUCUACAGGAAAGUGAUUUACCAUACGCACAGAGGCAUCCAGUUGUUCUGCCAAAGAAAAACCACUAUUCCGAAAUGCUCAUAAGGCAGUACCACUGGGAUUUGCUGCAUGCUGGAGUGCGAGACACGCUCGUACACUUACGUGAAAGAUAUUGGGUAGUACAAGGCAGACAGACGGUGAAGAAGAUUCUAAAGCGAUGCGUGGUAUGCCAGCGAUUUAACGCUAGAAGUUCCCAGCAAGAAGCAGCUCCUCUGCCUUCACCUAGAGUAACGAAAUCUGAACCUUUCGAAGUGGUUGGUGUAGACUUUGCAGGACCGCUUGUGGUGAAGACGCAAAGGUCGACGAAGCAAAUGUUCUUCGUUAUAUUCGUAUGUGCCACUACCAGAGCGCUACAUCUGGAAUUAGUACAAGACAUGGCUACGUCUACCUUUUUAUUUGCUUUAAGAAGAUUCAUUGCGCGACGGGGAAUUCCAAGGAUCGUGUACAGCGACAACGCCAAAACUUUUCAGAAGAGUAACAAAGAAUUGAAGAAACUGUGGGACGUUGUUAGCAGCGCUACGACAAAGGAGACAAUUGCGGACUGGAGAAUUCAAUGGCGUUACAAUGCUCCGUACGCUCCCUGGUGGGGCGGGUUUUAUGAGAGAUUGAUAAGGUCAGUGAAGGUAGCACUGAAGAAGACGAUCGGCGCAAAGUGUUUGAACGAGGUGGAACUCAACACUAUCAUCGCUGAAAUAGAAGCAGUCCUCAAUUCACGGCCGAUCACCUACGUGUAUGAAAACGAAAACGAACAGCCGUUGUCACCCGCGGAGUGUCUUGCAGGAAAGAGACUCGUGACCAUCCCGGACUGCACUGCAGAAAGUUUGCCAGAAAACACAGCAACUAAUCUGCAAAGGUUUUGGCAGCAACGGACGUCAAGUUUAAAAACAUUUUGGGAACGAUGGUACAAGGAGUACCUUACGGAGUUGAGAAACUUUUCCACCAAAUCACGGGGACGGCAACUUCACGUGGAUGAUCUAGUAAUCAUCCGAAAGGAAAACAGUCCGAGGCAGCGCUGGCCAACAGGACGUAUCGUCCGAAGCUUUCCGGGAAAAGACGGAAGAGCGCGGGUAUUCGAGGUUCAGUUGCCCAACAAAUCCACGCUCGUGCGCCCAGAAACUUUACUGUAUAGGCUUGAGGUUUGA